CAUACCACAACAACUCUCCCUACAACAAAUCUCCCUACAACAACUCUCCCUAAUACAACAACUCUCCCUGAAAUAACAUCACCUACAACAAAUCCCCCAACAAUAACAACUCUCCCUACUUCAACUCCCCUUACAACUACAACUCCCUCUACAACAACUGCAUCUACCACAACUCCCCUUACAACGACUCAACCUACCACAACUCCCCCUACAACUCCCUCUACAACAACAACUCCCCCUACAACAACUCCCUCUACAAAAACAACUCUUCCUACAACAACUCCACCUACCACAACAACUCUCCCUGAAAUAACUUCACCUACGACAAUUCUCCCUACAACAACUCCCCCUACAACAACUCCCUCUACAAAAACAACUCUUCCUACAACAACUCCACCUACCACAAAAACUCUCCCUGAAAUAACUUCACCUACGACAACACCUUUCCCUACAACAAAUCCUCCUAUAACAACUCCCCCUUCAUCAACAACUCUCCCUGAAAUAACUUCACCUACAACAACUCCCCCUACAACUACAACUCCACCUAACACAACACCUCUCCCUACAACAAAUCCUCCUAUAACAACUCCCCCUUCAUCAACAACUCUCCCUGAAAUAACUUCAACUACAUCACUCCCCCAACAACAACUCCACCUACCACAACACCUCUCCCUACAACAACAAAUCUCCCUACAACUCCCUCUACAACAACAAAUCUCCCUACAACAACUUCCCUACCACACUCUUCCUCCAACAACUCCACCUACCACAACAACUCUCCCUGAAAUAACUUCACCUGCGACAACUCCCCCUACGACAACUCUGCCUACAAACUCCCUCUACAACACAGUUCCCCCUACCACAACAACUCUCCCUACAAUAACUAAAACAGAUGCACCUACAGAAAUUCCUCUACAAAUCCCUCUACAAAAUCUCUCCCUAAAACAGCAUCUGCCCCUACAGUCACAAAUCCACCUGACACAACUUCCCCUACCACAAGCCUUUCUCCAACAACUCCACCUACCACAACAACUCUCCCUAAAAUAA